AUAAAAAUCAUUAAAAAAACAACAUUUUGGCCACUUUAUCCAUUCAAUCUGCAAACCUGAGGCCAAGCUUUUCAUCAAUGGAUGAACUCUACUUCUUAGUAACCACAACCACUCUUUCUUUCCUUCUCCUUUCUUCUCUACUCAUCCUCAUCAAACUCAGUAUUAAUAAUAACAAGAAAAACCGUAACCCUAAACCACCAAGUCCUCCUGGUCUCCCUCUCAUUGGCCACCUUCAUCUUCUCAAACCUCCCCUCCAUCAAGCUCUAGCCCAUCUUUCCGACCUCCAUGGUCCCGUACUUCUCCUACGCUUUGGUUAUCGCCGUGUCCUACUUGUCUCCUCCUACUCCGCCGCCGAUGAAUGCUUCACCGUCAACGACAUCACCUUCGCCAACCGCCCCCGUCUCCUUGCCGGAAAAUACUUCGGCUACGACUUCACAAGCCUUGGUUGGGCCCCCUACGGCCCUCACUGGCGCAACCUCCGUCGCAUGUCCACUGUUGAAGUCCUUUCCACCAAUCGUCUCCUCUCCUCCUCCGAUGUCCGCUCCGACGAGGCCCGCUCCCUCGUCAAGGCCCUCCUCCGUGAGUACUCCGGCCUCAGCUUCCAUUGCACCGAGCUCAAACCCAAGUUCUUCGGCUUCGCUUACAACGUCAUCAUGAGGAUGAUGGCCAACAAGAGAUACUACGGUGACGCCGAUGAGAGUUCGUCGGAGGCCGGGACAGAGUUUAGGGACAUGGUCAAGGAAACGGCCUUCGUCUUGAGCGCUUCUAACGCUGCUGACUUUAUCCCGUUGGUGAGGUGGUUUCGCGUUGGAGGUUACGAGAAGAAGCUGAAGAGUUUGAGGAAGAGAAGGGACAAGUUCUUUCAGGGGCUCAUCGAGGAGCACCGAGAGAAGAAGAUGAAGAUGAACAGAUCCCAAGACGGUAAGACUUCAUCGGCGGCGAGAUCUACGUUUAUCGACUUGCUGCUUUCCAUGCAAGAUGAUGAUCCGGAGCACGUCCCUGACGUUUUCAUCAGGCAAUCCGUUUCGCAAUUGCUGGUAGCUGGGACAGAGACUUCUUCAGUGACAAUGGAGUGGGCCAUGUCAUUCCUUCUCAACAACAUUGAAACCCUAAAGAAAGUAAGAGCAGAGAUUGAUUUAAAUAUAGAACAAGGUUCCAUACUAGAGGAGGGAGACUUACAUAAGCUCCCAUACUUGCAAGCAGUUGUAACUGAAACACUGAGACUGAAAUCUUCUGCUCCAUUGCUACUACCCCAUGAGUCAUCACAAGACUGCACUGUAGGUGGUUUCCACAUUCCCAAAGGCACAAUGCUGCUAGUGAAUGCAUGGAAAAUACAUAGAGAUCCUGAGAUAUGGGAGGAGCCAAACAAGUUCAAACCUGAGAGGUUUCUCAACAAUGAAGGGAAAGAGAAAUGGAAAACAAUGGCGUUUGGGCUCGGGAGACGACGGUGCCCCGGUGAAGGCUUGGCGCUGAGAGUGGUGGCGCUGGUGGUUGUCAUUCUAGUUCAGUGCUUUGAGUGGGAGAGAGUUGAUCACAAGGAGAUAGACAUGGAUGAAGGUGUGGGGAUGACCAUGCCUAAAGCUAAGCCUUUGGAGGCCAUGUAUAAACCAAGGAAGGGAAUUGCUGACCUUGUCUUUCAGCUUUGAGACUUUUGCACGUUUUAUGGUGAUAAUAUUUAUAUAUAUAUAUAUAUAUAUAUGCACCGUCUCUUUGUGUGUGUUUGUGCGUCUCUGUAUUUUGAGAGUAUUCAUAAUAAAAGAGAUAAUAACCUCAAA